AAUAUCAGAAUAACGAUUCUGGGUCCAUAUCAACAGGUUUUUAAACGCACCGUAUUGUGAAAGCGCUAAUGGGGAAAUUUCCGGGACGACUUUGGUUUUCGAGAAAAGAAGUACUCAGGUGGAUUCGAGAAAUUUUACUUAAAUCCCAUUUUUUCUCGAAAGAAAAAAAAAGGAAAAAGGGGAAACCAAACCCUAAUCGAGCUUCUCCUUCUCGAAAAUGUCGCACUUGCACUUCCGUCACUUUUGACGACUCCGUUGAUCGGCGAUCUGACUUGAUUCAAAACCACCAUCAAUCUAAUUUCGUUUUAGCCAAGGAAUGGAUCAAUACGGAUUACCAGUACAGAGAAGAGAGAUGAAGCAUAAAGGGAGAAAUGUUGUAUGGUCCGUUGGAAUGGAUAAGUGUCUGAUUGAAGCUUUGGCUGUCCAGGCGAAAAACGGGAACAAAGUAGACAAAUGCUUCAACGAGAAUGCAUACAAUGCUGCUUGUGUUGCUGUUAAUACUCGUUUCAAUCUAAACCUUAAUAGCCAAAAAGUCAUCAAUCGCCUGAAGACAAUCAAGAAAAGGUACAAAGUAAUGAAAGACAUACUUAGUCGAGAUGGAUUCUGGUGGAACUCAAGCACAAAAAGGAUCGAUUGUGAAAGUGACGAGCUCUGGAAUAGAUAUAUUGCUGUAUACCCAGACGCGAAAGCAUUUAGAGGAAAGCAAAUUGAGAUGUACGAGGAACUUAGAAUAGUAUGCGGUGACUGUCAAGCUCCAGGUCGAUAUAACAAGGUGAAGACUGAAAUCAAUCAGAAUCUAAACGACUUUAAACAUUUUGAAGAAGACUCUGUUUCAUUCCCAUUACCAAGCUCGGAAGAGCAUAGCGAUACAGAUGGAACAGAGUCCUACGCAGGAGCAGAUGAGUAUUUGAAUGAAGAGUCUCGAGAUCUUCCUCCUCCUCCAAAUCCUCUGAGGCAACCUCUAAAACGACCUCGAAGCUCAGAUCCGUUCCAAGAAGCGAUGUUAGCGGUUGCCUCUAGCAUUCGUCGCUUAGCAGACGCAGUUGAACAAAGCAAAAGUUUGAUCAAUACAGAGGAACUGUUGGAAGCAGUGAUGGAGAUUGAUGGGUUGGAAGAAGCAAAACAGAUGUAUGCAUUUGAGUAUCUGAAUGGUGAUCCUGUCAAAGCUAGAGCUUUCAUGGCUUAUAAUAAUAGGAUGAGGAAGUUGUUUUUGUUUCGACAGUUUUGGUGGUGGAAGUAA